AUGUUCGUUGCCCCUCUAACCACGGUUAAGGGAAGCAGGUCGGCUCUGCGGGACGUCACCAACGAGAACGAUCCGGCGACUCAGAUGAAGCCAGCUGCCAAGCGCAGAUUCGGAGACACCCUGACGAACACCAUCCAGAAGCCGAUUUCGGGCAGCCUGAAUGCUAACACCACCCAGAAGGCCAAGACCACCCAGAAGGUUCAACCGUCCAUAAACCGUCGACUUAAGCUGGAAGAGGAGACUCGGGAGAAGGAAUUGUCCGGGUCGGCUCUGAAGGGAGGUCAGAACACGCAGGCCAACGGAGUUUCUGAUGUCUUAUUGCCGCUGCCUUUCACUCAAGUCGAGAAGAUGAGCUCAGCAGUUCAGGGUCUCGCGAUUGCGAAGGACACCAAGGGGAAGACUGAGCAGGAGCUGAUCGCGCUGAACGACAUAGACGCACUGGCGGAGCUCUAUGCAGCUGAUGGGGUGGAGAGGAUGCCGAUGGGUGGCGAUAGCUACGCGGCAGCCUUGAAGGCUCAGGCUGAUGAAGACAUGAUACCCCUUAUGGAUGACCCCCCCAUGCCAUCACCUCCUGGAGGCUAUCUUCCAUCGCUGUCUCUGCUGGACGGUGAUGACUAUCUGGAUGACCUGGUGGGAAGCUUCCCAGGCGUGGACGACCUGGAUGUGGGAUGGAGCGCACUGGAGUGA